GCUCUUUUAAAGCAAACGCGGGCGCCCAGCUGCAGAACGCGCUCCUCCAGUCCAGGUGUCGCUGCCCCUUUGCCACUUGCUUGGACCUCCCGCCUCUCCUCGCCUCAGCUCACCUUGGCUCGAAAUGGACCCCAACUGCUCCUGCCCCAGUGGCGGCUCCUGCACCUGUGCUGGCUCCUGCAAAUGCAAAGAGUGCAGAUGCACCUCCUGCAAGAAGAGCUGCUGUUCCUGCUGCCCCGUGGGCUGUUCCAAGUGUGCCCAGGGCUGCAUCUGCAAAGGGGCGUCGGGCACGUGCAGCUGCUGUGCCUGACGUGGGGGAGAGCCUGCUCCCCAUGUGGACAGAGCAGCAUGUAGAAGCCUGUAUUGUAAUAAAAUUUUAGUACACCACCAAUCUGUGUUCUACAUUACAGAUUGUAUGACAUGGUGAAUCAUAAUAGUUGUCGUGUGA